AGACCCCAAAGACGCCUACAAGCUGGACAUCCCUGCAGUGCUCAUGAGUGGCAUUGCUGAGUGGGCUGCCUGAGGGAUCUGACUCUGCUUUCUGUUGUGCUUUGGGUGCGCAGAAAGAUAUUCAGGAGGCUGUUGAAAGUCGUUGUAGAGAAGGAGAUAACAUACAAGAACCGAAAUGGCUGGAACAGAGAGGCUGGAGAACGUCAACCCCCACAUCUUUGCUAAGGCUGGGGAGAGGCUAGCGAGCCCAACCGACUGGGACGAUAGUGUGUACGAUCCAUUUGAUUCCCGUGAGAUCUUUGACUUAAUCAGGAAUAUUCGUGACCCGGAGCAUCCCCUGACCCUGGAGGAACUCAAUGUGGUAGAGGAGAGUCAAUGUGAAGUAAGUGAUGUGGAGAACUUCGUGAUGGUACACUUCACACCCACAAUCCCUCACUGCAGUAUGGCUUCUCUCAUUGGCCUCAGCAUACGACUCAAACUUCUCCAUGCAUUGCCUGCAAGGUUUAAAGUAGAUGUCCGCAUUUCACCGGGAACCCACGCAUCAGAACAUGCCAUCAACAAGCAGCUCAACGACAAGGAGCGUGUGGCUGCAGCUUUGGAAAACUCGCACCUCCUGGAAGUCAUCAACAAGUGUUUGAAUCCACGUUGACAAAUGUACCGUUGAUUGUUACUCUGAGAAGGAAAUUGAGGAAGGGCGGUAUUGAUACAGAAAGCCUAUAAUACUCUUUUUUCUUGUGUUUUAAUGUGAUUUGUUUUAGAUUAUGAAUUAUUGUAAUGUUAAGAAAUGAGCUGAUUUCAUUGGAGGCAAGUGGAGUGAAGAUAGGAGUUUCAGUUGAAGUUUCUGUAAAAGGAAAUUUGCUUAGCUUCAUCUGCUUCCUCUUUUAUCAUCUUUUCUUCCUUCCCCUUCACCCUUUAUACCAUCUUGCUCUCCUGUAAUCUUCUUUUUAUAAGUUCUCAGUAUAAAAGGUAAUUUUGAAUUUCGUGAUGUGACAAUGUUGUAGCCCCUUUGUGUGUCUAAUCAAAUGUAUUUAUUUUUGGUUUUUCCUCUUUGUGUUACAUCUGUUUUGGGAUUUCUGUUUAACUUUGAAGAAAAAUAGUGAAGUAAAUUAUUAACCAUUUCCAGUUUUAUGAUUCUUUAAAGCUAGAAAAAAUAAAUCUUUAAUUGAUCUGAAUUCAUUCCAUGUAAAUAAUGGUGUUUAUCUUAUAUUCAUUACCAAAUGAUGACAAAAAAGGAAAAUGCUGAAAACAGAUAGAAAAGGAAAUUCAAGAAAUUAAAUUCUAGCAACAAGGCUAACUAUUUUGAUUUUGUUUUGGUUUAUUUUAGUCAGUGAAGUUAAACUGAUUAAUGCACAGAUGACCUGCAAAUGCACUGAAAGGUAUUGAAUUUCUCUGCUGUAUAUACAUUUAGUAAUUUAUAUAUUCAUGUGCAUAUCUUUGUAUGUUCUUUAUGUACUCAGUGGAAUAAUAGAACUUACCAGAACUGCCAUCAGUAAAAAACAAUUUUGUGAAAUGUUUUUAUAUUUGAAGUAUUAAGUGUUCUGUAUUAUAAUGCUAGAGAAGAUCAUGAACUAAACAUACCUAUGCAUACUGUAUUAGAUAUAUUAUAAAGUCUGUACUAUGUCCGUAGUGUAUAUUGCUGGCCAAAACUCCAUUCAUAUGUUUUGAAAUCUGGCAUAAGUUUGUUUUUUUUUUUUCCCACAAAUUUGCCAUCAUGAAAGUAAUGCAAUAUAAAUACAUCAUGUAAAACUUCACUUUUAAAACCAUCCCUUUCAGAAAGGGGGACUCAUCCUACUGUAUCUUUACAUAAAAGGAAGCAUUUAAUCAAAUAAUUAUUUGGAAUAUAAUUUAAGUUUACAUUUAAUUAUAGUUUCACUUAAAAUAUAAGUUGGAGUUUAAAUAACUCAAAACCAGAGAAUUUUUACCAGCACAUUAUACACUAGGUAUAUAUUAUACUAACAGGUAAUGCAGUACAUACAAUACAUUCAUAACUACAUUUUAUAUUACAGCGAUAUACAUAUAUAAUAAUUACAUUUAACUUUCUACAGCUGUCUUCUAUGUAGUAUACUAUAUGAAUAGUAUUCAUACUUUAUUUUAAUAAUACUAUACAUUGUUAUAAAUCACUCAUAUAUUCUGUUCUUUACUAAUGCCAUGUGGAUUAAGCUAUACUACUGCUAUACAUUCUGUACUAAACAAAUACCAAAACUACACAUACUAUGCAUAUUUUUUCAUGAACUAAAGAGGAAAUAUUAAUGCAAUAUAAAACCUUCAUUAAGGAAACAGUAUAUACUACUACACUUUUUUCCAUGUGUGUGUUGCUGUAGAGGCAGUUACAUAUGGCAGAUCUGUGAAUUUCUUUUUAGACAUGUUUUGAUGCUGGUUGUAUUAGUUAGGAGUUUUGAUGUUUGAUAUUAAAGAUGAGGAAAGAUUUGAGCUUACAUAUUGAAGAAACUUAAUAAAAAUUAGAAUGGUUGAAAACAUACACAUGCUUACCAUAAACACAAAUACAUUUACAUAUAGUUUUACAUUUACAAAUACAUGUAUGAAGCAGAUGUUCAUUAUUACCAUUUCUAGAAAAGACAGGUAAAUUUACUCUCAUAUGGUUCUUUUAGGUACCAUGAAGAUAUAUGCCAUAAUAGCAUAAUUAUCACUUCAAAGUGUUAUAUAAUGUAGUGUAAUAUUUAUAUAUAUACAUAGACUAUAAAAAGACUAUUUUUGGAGCAUGGAAGGAAGUCUUUCAAUAUGCUUGUCAAAAUCUUCAAUUUCAAUUUUGUAAAUUCAGAAAUAUUUUAAAGUGUUACCUCCCAUGUUCCAUUAAAUUAUUUUUCUCAGUA